AUGGGUUGGUCCAUUGCAGGGUCGGAUCCGGAUGACGAUCUGGACACUGGGUACACCGAUGAACAAGGCAAUUUCAAGCUCUCCGGCGAUACCAAUGAAAUGACCACUAUCGACCCGCAUCUUAAAAUAUAUCACGACUGUAACGAUGGCAUCACUCCAUGCCAACGGCGCUGGAAAUUCGAGUUACCGAAUCACUACAUAACAAGUGGCAAAGUUCCGCAAAAAGCGCUUGAUAUUGGUACUUGGAAUCUGGAAGCUAUUAUGCCGGAUGAGAGUCACGACUGCAUACAUUAG